AUGUUCUCCGCACUGCUGGACGCUGCCCGUAACUCGCCCUUCAAGACGCCGUUCACGAAGGCACAGUGCGAACCUGGAACCGUUGCCCCGGUUCGUGGUCGCUCGAUUGCUGCCGCUGCCACCGAUGAGGUUGAGUUCGGUUCGACCAAAUUCUUCCUGCUUUGCGGUCUCGGUGGUAUUAUUUCCUGCGGCUCGACGCACACCUUCGUGGUGCCGCUCGAUCUCGUCAAGUGUCGGCUGCAGGUCGAUCAGGCCAAGUACAAGAAUGUGUUCCACGGAUUCAAACUGACGCUGGCUGAGGAUGGUUCCCGUGGUCUGGUGAAGGGAUGGGCACCAACCUUCUUCGGUUACUCGGCACAGGGUGCGUUCAAGUUCGGUCUGUAUGAGGUGUUCAAGGUGCAGUACGCCAACAUGCUGGGCGAGGAGAAUGCCUAUCUGUACCGCACCUGGCUGUACCUGGGGGCAUCCGCUUCGGCUGAGUUCUUCGCCGAUAUGGCGCUAUCUCCGUUCGAGGCGGCCAAGGUUAAGAUCCAAACCAUGCCAGGAUACGCCAACACGAUGCGUGAAGCUAUGCCCAAGAUGAUGGGCGAGGAGGGUAUUAUGGCGUUCUACAAGGGUCUGGUUCCGCUGUGGUGUCGUCAGAUCCCGUACACCAUGAUGAAGUUCGCCUGCUUUGAAAAGACCGUUGAACUGCUCUAUGCCUAUGUUGUGCCGAAGCCACGUGACCAGUGCUCCAAGGGUGAGCAGCUGAUUGUAACGUUCGCGGCCGGUUACAUUGCCGGUGUGUUCUGUGCCAUCGUGUCUCACCCGGCUGAUGUGGUGGUUUCGAAGCUGAACCAGGCCAAGGGUUCGUCUGCGUUCGAUGUGGCGAAACAGCUCGGAUUCAUGGGCAUGUGGAAUGGUCUGAUGCCGCGUAUUAUCAUGAUCGGUACCCUGACCGCCCUGCAGUGGUUCAUCUACGACGGUGUGAAGGUAGCUCUCUCGAUCCCGCGCCCACCUCCGCCAGAGAUGCCAGAAUCGCUGAAAAAGAAGCUUGGAGUGCAGUAAACAUCCUUUCCUUC